AUGGCUACCAGUAUCUCUCUGCUUAACGUCCCAUCGUCCUCAAUUUCAGUUCAUAAGCUUCACAUCCGACCCAUCGUCACCUUAUCUUCAUUUUGUGCCAUACAAAAUGGAGGAAAACGUAAAUUUGGUAGCAUUCUAGCGUGUGCUUCUUCAAAUGGGAGAGAGCCGGAGUCAGUAGACGAGAGCGUGAAGAAAGUAGAGAAGAUUCUUGAGCAGAAACGACGGGUUGAAUUGUCUGCCAGGAUCGCCUCUGGAGAGUUCACCGUGCAGCAAUCUGGUUUUCCAUCUGUACUGAGGAAUGGCUUGUCAAAAUUGGGAAUUUCAAAUGAGAUUCUGGACUUUCUGUUCAAAUGGGUCGACUUCGAUAAAGAUUAUCCAAAGAUUCCAGAGGCAAAAGGAAAAUUAGGCGCCAUCAGGAGUGAGCCCUUCUUCAUUCCCUUGUAUGAGCUUUACCUCACAUAUGGUGGCAUUUUUAGGCUGAAUUUUGGACCCAAGUCCUUUCUGAUUGUUUCCGACCCUUCCCUUGCCAAACAUAUACUGAGGGACAAUUCAAAAGCGUAUUCUAAGGGUAUCCUAGCAGAAAUUCUAGAAUUUGUCAUGGGGAAAGGACUCAUCCCAGCUGAUGGGGAAAUAUGGCGUGUCCGACGACGUGCUAUAGUACCCUCAUUGCAUCAGAAGUAUGUAGCAGCCAUGAUUAGCUUAUUUGGACAAGCAACAGACAGGCUUUGCAAAAAGCUAGAUGCAGCUGCUUUUGAUGGCGAAGAUGUAGAGAUGGAGUCCCUUUUCUCCCGUUUAACGCUGGAUAUCAUUGGCAAGGCAGUGUUUAAUUAUGAUUUUGAUUCUCUAACAAAUGAUACUGGAAUAGUUGAGGCAGUUUACACAGUUUUGAGAGAAGCAGAAGAUCGAAGUGUUUCACCAAUUCCAAUCUGGGAGAUCCCAAUUUGGAAAGACAUUUCACCACGGCAGAAGAAAGUAGCAGCAGCACUCAAACUGGUCAAUGAUACACUUGAUAAUCUGAUUGCUAUUUGCAAGAGGAUGGUUGAUGAAGAAGAGCUACAGUUUCAUGAGGAAUACAUGAAUGAAAAAGACCCCAGUAUUCUCCACUUCCUUCUGGCAUCAGGGGAUGAUGUCUCUAGCAAACAACUCCGCGAUGACUUGAUGACAAUGCUUAUAGCUGGCCAUGAAACAACUGCUGCAGUUUUAACAUGGACCUUUUAUCUUUUAUCACAGGAGCCAAGUGUUUUGUCCAAACUCCAAAACGAGGUUGAUUGUGUUCUAGGGGAUCAAUUUCCAACCAUAGAAGACGUGAAGAAACUAAAGUACACAGCCCGAGUAAUUAAUGAAUCAUUGAGGCUCUAUCCACAACCACCUGUCUUAAUCCGUCGCUCUCUUAAUGGUGACAUGCUCGGAAAGUACCCCAUAGAAAGAUGGGGCAUGAUCCUCCGACCUCCAAGCAACGUGCUUGUGACAAAAGCCUCGUUUGAAAAUCUUGUUGACCAAGUUUCUGAGAUGGCAGGUCUCUUGAAAAUGAAACAUUUUGCUUAUACGAUUCUAGAUCUGAACGAGGUCCCUCCAGCUGCAAGCCCAAAAGUACUUAGGGAAGAUGACAGAGAAUAUCAAAAGAUGGUAAAGUAUUCAGACACUGAAGCCAAUGCUAAUGACCUAUUUGUGAGGAUGACAAGAAUGAUGAAUGAGAAGAUCAAUGCAACUUUUAUGUCCAUGGUGAAAGGGUACAACAUUACUUGA